AUGAUUGACACGAACGAUGUCUUGGAGAACCUGGCAGUGAUCAACGAGGAAGGUCUUGCAAUAGAAGAUGAGGAGAAGGAACAUGAAGAAGAAGACGGUAAUCCAUGGUUACCACGGGAACGACCACUUGGAGUAGAACAGCUGGUGCGCAGGGCUCACUGUGGCCUGGGGCACUUGGCCAACGCCAGACUGGCCAGGAUCUUGCACCAGGCUGGAGCACGAAAAGAAGCUGUAGAAUAUGCCAAGAACCUCAAAUGUGACGUCUGCCAAAGACACAGGCAAACUGCCCCAGCCCGAGCUGCAGCACCACCUAGAGAACUGACUCCCAACCAGAUUGUUGGAGUCGACACCAUCUACCUCCCAGGAUUACAGUUCAAUGGAAAGCGGAAGAUGGCGCUGAACAUCAUUGACUGGGCCACCAAGUUCCAACUGGUGAUACCCCUACAUGACCACACACCGAGAUCGGCAAGACAAGCAUUCCUACAGUGGACAAGGAUCUUCGGCACUCCAGAAAGGGUCUAUGAUGACCUAGGAAAAGAAUUCCGGGGGUGUUUUGAAAUGAUGAUGGACCAGGAUGCCAUCUUCCUGGACCCUGGAUCACUGGAGUCACCAACGCAGAGAUCCUUAACAGAACGAGCGGGAAGGACUUACAAGGAAGUAUUCUCAAAAACACUGAUGGAGGUGACGUGCAACAACUGGGAUGAGUGGCAUGAGGUUGUGGAUGUUGUCACGGCCACAAUCAAUCGACUGGCAAACAAGUCGGGGUAUAGCCCCAUCCAGCGAAUGCUGGGAUAUAGCCCGAGGAUCCCAGGAAGCCUCAUGAGCGGAGGUUUCAAUGAUCAGUCAACGGCAUCAAGAUAUGCAGCUGGAGACCUACAAGUUCAGCGAUCAGUGGAUCUACGCACAGCGGCAGCGAUCGCAUACCACAAGGCAGACUGUGAACAAGCACUUCGAAACUCACUACAUGCCGGACCACGAGUAUGGCAGCACUAUGAGGUGGGACAGACGGUCUACUACUGGAAAAAGGGAAUGGAGAGGGGAAAGAAAAAUCACCCCUACUUUUGGCACGGCCCAGCAAAGGUCAUCCUGACGAACUUGCCAACUACAGUAUGGGUGGCACAUCGGGGCAGAAUUGUCAAGGCCUGCCCUGAACAUCUGAGGCCGAUAGCAGAGGAGGAGAAGUUCAUUCUCACCGACUGGAUUCAAGACAUCCUGGACACGAAGAAGAAGCUUAAGGAUGGCGACUACAAGGGCUACAUCGUCCUCGAUGAGAAGCCCCCGGACGCCUUGGACUUUCAGCCGGAGAUCAACAAGGACUUCAUUGGACCACUACCACCUCAAGCACCAAGAUACCGACUGACAGGGAAACAUCGAGAGACCGAGGUUGAGUUUCAGCCAGACGCCUGCAUCGAAAAGAGACGACGACUAGAAGACCAAGAACAGAAGCCGGAGCUGGUGCUGACACCCAGAUCACUAUCGAUCGCACCGACCACACCAGCUAGAACAGAAGAUCUCGAACCAAGAUCUCCGAAUGAGGAGGUGAUCGACUCCGAGAUGGACAUGGAGAAGCAGUCCUUGCCUGAGCAAGGAUCAGAACGACAUGCAGUGAUUCCAGAGGAGAUCAACCAAGAGGCAGAGGAUGAUGGACGCGGCCAAGUUCGACAUGGAGAACAUCUUGAUGAAGAUGAAGAAAGGCCGACGAAACGUCAACGAGCAGAACUUCUAGAGACGAUGUUCACACAGCUGGAGCAGGCGAACAUGAAUCGAAAGCGCAAGGAGAUCAACUACAAGACCAUGGACAAGAAGGACCAGAGGAAGUUCGACAAGGCGAUCCUCAAGGAAAUCAAGAACAAUCUCCAGUCAGGAGCUUACCAGGCUCUCACCCGAGAAGAGUCUGAACAAAUACGAAGAGACAAACCCGAUCUGAUAAUGAAAAGCCGGUAUGUACUGACUGAGAAACCAGUAGAACCACAUGAAGUGGAACCACUCCAGAAGGAAGGUCUGCUCCUAGACAACAAUGAAGGAGAAGUCCUGAAAGCAAAAGCCAGACAUGUCAUGAAGGGCUAUUCUGAAGCCAAUGCGGAGGACUUAGAAUCGACGACACCCCAGGUGGCCAAGGACACCGUGUUCUUUGUCCUUCAGAUUCUCGCCAGCAUGAAGUGGAUCAUUGGACACCUGGACUUUACACAGGCCUUUCACAGUGGUGAUAAAAUCGCCCGGGAACUAUACUGCUCUCUUCCACCCGAAGGUGUUCCUGGACUUCAUGACCGGCAACUGCUCAAACUCCUCAAGACUUGUUAUGGCCUGACUGAUGGGCCAUACCAAUGGUACAGGCACUUAAGUCGAGUGCUCGAAUCAAGAGGGUACAGGAAGAGCAAGGCAGACCCAUGCCUUUUCAUCCUCUAUGACGACAAACAAACAAGGAUUGAAGGCCUGAUAGCCCUCGCGACUGAUGACAUGAUACAUGGUGGAACCGAGAAACACUGGAGCAACAUGGAAUGGCUGAAACAACAAUACAAGAUGGGCAAGUACACGACUGGCAGCGGGAAGUUCACAGGGAAGAUGGUUGAACCGGCCGAUGAUGGCUCAAUCUUGGUCCACCAGAAACACUACAUCGAGGAGAAGAUCAACGUCAUCAAGAUUGACAAGGCCAGAAAGAGACAGAGGUACUCACAAUGUACCCCUGUGGAGAUCAAUCAGCUGAGAACCCUGCUGGGUGGACUUUCAUGGGUAGCAAAGGAGACAAGACCAGACAUAGCUGGUAAGGUGGCCAUCCUACAACAGACCAUGCCGAACCCGAUGAUCAAAGACAUCGUCGAGGCCAACCAGGUCGCAGAGGAGCUCAAACGAAAACCCGACCUUGGGAUCAGGAUCCAACCGAUCCCAAUGGAACGUCUAAGAGUCGGUGUCAUUACCGAUGCCAGUUGGGGAAAUGCCGGUGAAAGAUACCUGGAGGACUCCAAGAAGGACUACUGGGAGGAAACAAAGACGAGCUGGAUACGACAUCAUGUCCUUCCACGUCGACUCCUAUUUCAUCCUGGCGCAGCUCCCGGAGGACCAGAUCUUCACACUAUAUCCAGGAGAAGAACGACCACAACGAGUAUGACAACAAGCAGUGACGAAUGGGAUGGAAAAGAUGGAAUCCGAGAACACCAAGAACAGCAAUGGACAGGAAGAACUACGUUCAUUAAAUCGACUGUAGAAGAGGAGGUGAAUCGACCCAUCAAUGAGAGGUUCCUGCAAUUGGCUCGAACACACAGUCAAGGUGGAUACCUCCUGGUGUACUAUGACGCCAAUUUGGAAGUGUCAGAACAACUGGAGAUGAUGACAAUAGCAGCUUGGAAGAGCUACAAACUGAAGCGCUGCACCGUCAACACACUGAGCGCUGAGUGCCAGUCAAUGAUCCAGGGGAUCGGAAACCUACAUUGGCACAGGUUCCUUCUGACAGAAAUCUCAGGUGGCCGACUCAACCUAGACACCUGGGAACAAGAACUACACCGACUGCCGUUCAUAGCAGUGACAGACUCAAAAUCGCUCUACGACACAGUGAACAAGUGCCGGAACACAUCGGCUCACAUAGAUGACAAGCGGACGGCCAUCGAUCUGACGAUCUUGAAGGAUGACUUGGAGAAGACAAAGGGGCAGGAUUUGCCUGAUGACAAGGUCCCUGAGUUAGCUCCUGGCGUUCCGUUGGUCUACGAGCUCGAUGCAAACUUGAAGGUCUUGAAAAAGUGCCCCAGCUUGGCCUGA